GAGCUUUUGGAACAAAAAUAUAGACGUGGUGGAAUUAACUAUAAAACAAAAUAAUGGGACAAUAACGAAUUAUAAAAUAAGUAUGGGGCUAUAAAACGGAAAGAGUGAGAAAAUAUUUGAUAAUUAGGCGGGAGAUUAAUCAGAAAUCUGAUUACGCAGCUUGCAAAAUGAGCUCCAUGCCGACCGUCAUCAUCUUCGAAAAUUCUGAUUAAAACCUAAAAAACUAAAAUUCUCUCUUAAAAACAGCAGAGAAAGAGAGCAAGAAAUUAAUCGCGAAUGUACCGGCGGCUUGAUGCUGCCUAGCUGCUGAUUCUAAUCAUUCUUCGAUUCCAUCUGUUUUCCCUUCGAUUUUUCUGCUCGUACAUGGCGGAUCCGUACGAAUUCGCACCGUCGUCUACAGCUGAACCCGAAGAAAUCUGCACGUUCCUUAAACAGUUUGUCCAGAUUUCUGCUUCGUCAUCUUCGUGCACGCAUUUGAGGAGUAGGUACGUUCAGUUGCUGUCCUCUCCGGUGCCGGAUUCUUUACUGGAGGUGACUGAUUCUGGUUCUGGAGAGGCGGUUCCGUCGAAGGAUUGGUACCGGCUAGGCGGAUCGGCGAGUCGAGCUGAGAUGGAGCCCCGAAUAAGAGACGGAAGCGCCGACCUCAAUUUCUCUGAUCCUGAAUCGUAUUUUGGGGCUGACGUCAAGAAUAGCGCUGAGAAUGCGUUCUCUUCUCUCGGUGACUUAAGUUGCGAAAGCGAGACUCCAGAGCCGUCGAAUGCCCCGUCAAAUUCAGAGCGGCCACGGCCUUCCUCGAAAAGAAGUAGAGCGGCGGAGGUCCACAACUUGUCAGAGAAGAGGAGGAGGAACAGGAUUAAUGAGAAAAUGAAGGCCUUACAGAACCUAAUUCCAAACUCUAACAAGAUUGAUAAGGCUUCAAUGCUGGAUGAGGCAAUUGAGUAUCUAAAUCAGCUUCAGCUUCAAGUGCAGGUCAUUGUUGAGGGGACUCUUGUUCCAUUGUCUUUAUAUACAGCUUCAAAUUCUACACGUUCUUUCUAGUUAGGAGAGAUUGUCUUUUCUCUAUGGCAAUUGGUUAAGGCUAAAUUACCAUUUUGAGGCUGUAUAACUUUUCAUUGGCACUGCACACUCCACGCGUAUAAUCUCAAACUGUAU